ACUCGAAUGUCUGUUGAACGUCCAACGUCAAACUAACUUCACCGCGGUAUGGAAUGUUAGAUCACUAUAAGUGGGCGUUUUUUUGUUUCUUGUUUUUGUUUUGUUUGUGAGGUAAGAAAAGAGAGAUGAUGUGUAGAUACAGUAGGUGGCGGUAAUGCGUUGUAGGACGCAAGCUGCCAUUACAAAACAAAAAAAAAGAAGAGGAAGAAGUAUGCGCCCAACCGAGCCGAGAAGAAAGAAAGAGAAGUCCGGUUUUAGUCCUUUUAAUAACCCGAAUCUUGUGGACGUUUGUGUCGAAAAAGAUACUGGCCCUCGAGGACUGCAGUUUGACACCCCUGGUUUAAACGCUGUCACUCAGUGUAAAAUGUUGUGUGGAGUGCCAUGGAAAGUUCAGCUGCAAUUCAGCUUGGUUUGUUCCUUCAGGAAUGAUCGAGGUCAGUGAGAGUGUGUGGUGGCUUUAUAAGUAGCUACCACCACGGCGGGGGAACCGCGGACCUCCGUAUUCAGGGUGGUCAUCUACCUCCAAAAGGACAUGUCUGGAGACAGUUGCCUGCCUCAGCAUCACAGCUCCUCCUCGUCCCCAGCCCCUCAUCUGGCCUUUCCCAAAGCCAAGGCCUGCAGUCAUCAAGGAGCAAGUGGACUGGGCAACAAGUAUGUCCGGCUUAAUGUUGGCGGGAGCCUGUUUUACACUACGGUACAAGUACUGACCAAACAGAACUCCAUGCUUAAAGCCAUGUUCAGUGGAAAGAAGGAAGUCUUCACUGAUAAAGAUGGUUGGAUACUGAUCGAUCGCAGUGGGAAACAUUUUGGCAGCAUCCUGUGCUACUUGAGGGAUGGUACAGUCUCUUUACCCAAAGGUCGUCAGGCUGUCCAGGAGCUUUUUGCUGAGGCAAAGUAUUACAGCAUCCAGGGCCUGUUGGAUCUUUGUGAAAACACCCUGCAGGACAAUAAAGAGGAGCCCCUGUGUGUUGUACCUGUGGUCACCUCCAUCAAGGAGGAGGAAAGGCUCAUCCAUUGUUCCACCAAGCCUGUGGUUAAGCUGGUGUACAACAGAAGUAACAACAAGUACUCCUACACAAGUAACUCAGAUGACAACCUUCUGAAGAACAUUGAGCUCUUCGACCGGCUGUCUCUCAGCUACAGUGGCAGAGUCCUCUUCAUCAAAGACGUGAUCGGAGAUGAGAUAUGCUGCUGGUCCUUUUACGGCCAGGGCCGAAAGCUGGCUGAGGUGUGCUGCACUUCUAUUGUCUAUGCCACAGAGAAGAAGCAAACCAAGGUGGAGUUUCCUGAAGCUCGUGUCUAUGAAGAGACUCUGAACACUUUGCUGUAUGAGACGAUGCCACUGCCCGACAACUGGCUGCUGGAGGCCACGCGUCGAAGCUACAACUGUGGCUCUCACAGCGAGGAGGAGGAGGGAGUUGGGGGAGCCGAGCUUCGCGAGCGAGUCCGUCGGAUCCACGUGAAGAGAUACAGCACAUACGACGACCGGCCACUGGGACACUGAGCCUGAAAAAAAAACCAAAAACAAAUAGUCCCACAGUGGGGAAAUUUGUUCUCUGCAUUUGACCCAUCCCCCUUGGGGGAGCAGUGAGCUGCCAAAUGAGCUGUGCUCGGGGAACUUUCACGAAGUGUCUUGCUUAGGGAAACACCUGAUGCAGAGGCGGGGGAUCGAUCCACAGACCCUUUGCCUUGCGAGGUCGACGCGCUACCAACUGAGCUACCAGGCUGCUAAAGCCUUGUUAUGUUUGACCAUGGACAGAAACUGAAAUCUGUUGAUGCUUAUUCAUGCUUAUUUGGAAAGUGGAUGAGACCACCCUUUGCGGGUAGUCUCAUCCACUUUCCACGCUCGGGUCCUCUACCAGAGGCCAGGGAGCUUGAGGGUUCUGCGCAGUAUCCUUGCUGUUCCUAGGACUGUACUUUUCUGGACUGAGAUGUUGGAUUUAUUUCCAGGGAUCUGUUGUAGCCACUCCUCCAGUUUGGAGGUCACUGCCCCCAGUGCUCCGAUCAUCACAGGCACUUUUAUAUUUCAUAUCGAUAGAUCUUUGUUCAUUCAAGAGUCAAAACCACCUUCUGCCAAAGAUUAACCCGUUUUUAGUUUGACCACAGUUAUUGUGGCUUUGAUGCAUUUUAAUGCUUAUUUUCCAGAUGUGAAGAUGAAAGUUGUCAGUCAAUUAUUUGUUUUCAUUUAGUUUGUAAUGUGCAGAAAUCUACAUUAAUUCAUUAAAUUGUUGGGAAAAAUUA